AUGGAUCCGGAACCAGACCUCGGCACCGCCAAGUCUGGCUCCCCCAAGCCCGCCUCAGGCACCCGCGUGUCGCUGGCCUGUCUGCCCUGUCGAACCCGCCAUGUCCGCUGCGACGCAACCAAGCCGCGCUGCAACCGCUGCUGCGAGGAGGACAAGGAGUGCAGCUACGCAAAGUCGCGGCGCGGCGGCCUGGAUCGAGCCGCGCUGGCCGCCCGCAGGAGUCAAGCUGCUGCUCAGGCGGCUGCAAAGAAGAGCAGCAACAGCAACAGCAACAGCAACAGUAACGCCCACAGCAGCAGCGGCAGCAGCAGCAGCAAUGGCCAGCCCUCGCCCGCCGGGAGCAACGACGGGACCCGGCUGACCUCCGGCCUCUUCCCGGCGCAUCACCCGGAGCCACCGCCGGCGACGGCCAUCGACCCAAGCCUAUGCUUCCACCGCUACCACCCCUGCGCGCCGCCUCGCCGGUUCCUGGAGCGCUACCUGCAGGACCAGAUCCGGCAGGACGAGCUGCGGCCGUUCGUCUACGUGAUGCGCUUCGUCGGCAGCAUUUACCUGAGUAGCCACCAGCCGUCCCUACGACCACGGUGUCAAGAGCUAGAGGAGCUCGCCGCCUCCGUCAUCGCCCGAGUGCCCCCGACAGCCAUCAACUUCUUCAUGGUGCCCUGCCACGCCAUCUACUCGGCCUGCUUGUACUGGCGCGGGAACACAGCCAGCUCACGGCACCACAUGAACACGGCCAUCCAGCUCGCACUCGACUUUGGCAUGCAGCGGCGCGAGUUUGCCGUCGACCACGGGGACGGGGAUCCCGUACUGGAAGAAUGCUGGCGGCGCACGUGGUGGCAGGUGUACAUUAUCGAUGCGUACUACGCUGCCAUCAAGCGGGAUGCCGGCUUUGCUACGUUUCACGUUGACGCGACGACAGAUCUUCCGUGUGAGGAAGACGAGUACGAGCGAGGGGAAAUUCCUCGCCCCAAGACACUAGAAGAGUUUGAAUCGCGCGAGUUCAGCUCCGAAGACACAGUCUUCUCAUCCUUUGCCUAUCUGAUAGGCGGCGUGCGCGGCAUGGCAUCGGCCAUGGCCAGAGUUCUCGACUUGCCGGCCAGCAAUGCGUCCGAUUCAGGGGGGCCAUCGCCCAAGGUGCUCGAGUCCGUCGAUUCCAUCACCGAGGGCUGGCUGCUGCUGCUGCCAGAGUCCAAACGCGACAUCUUCUCUGCCGACGGCCAGGUCGACGAGCUGAUAUUCCAAGCCAUGAUGGCUCUUCAUGCGUAA